CGCCCCCUGCCGCCAACGGCGCCCGAGCUAAGCUCCUGAUCCCAAGCAUCGCCAUAUUGAUGUCCCAGCAACGCUGAGAGGAGGUAUUGUGUGGUUGUUGCCCCCAGUGAUGACUGUAUUGAACCCCGCACGUCCUGAUUAAACUGGUUGGAUGCCCCCAUUUAACAGCCAGCGUAGCUCUCAAACUUUAGAGGCCUCUCAACCAAUCUCGUUUAGAUUCAUCUGUCAUCACCUUCCUGGAGGAAACCUCCCAGGACAUUUCGAGAAGAUUCUCUGUGGAAUAUGUCUGGCCCUGUUCCAAGCCGCUCUCGAGUUUACCCCGAUGUAAACACACAGAGACCUCGGGAAUACUGGGAUUAUGAGUCCCACGUUGUUGAGUGGGGAAACCAGGACGACUAUCAGCUAGUCAGAAAACUCGGUCGAGGCAAAUAUAGCGAGGUUUUUGAAGCUAUAAACAUCACAAACAAUGAAAAAGUGGUUGUCAAAAUACUAAAGCCGGUGAAAAAAAAGAAAAUCAAGAGAGAAAUUAAGAUCCUGGAGAACCUCCGGGGCGGCCCAAAUAUCAUCUCACUGUUAGAUAUUGUCAAGGAUCCCGUGUCCCGUACCCCUGCUCUGGUUUUUGAACAUGUGAACAACACAGACUUCAAGCAAUUGUAUCAAACCCUAUCUGACUUUGACAUACGGUUUUACAUGUAUGAAAUCUUAAAGGCUCUGGAUUACUGCCAUAGUAUGGGCAUUAUGCACAGAGAUGUGAAGCCACACAAUGUAAUGAUCGACCACGAACACAGAAAGCUCCGCUUAAUCGACUGGGGAUUGGCUGAGUUCUACCACCCGAACCAGGAAUACAACGUGCGAGUGGCCUCCAGGUACUUCAAAGGACCUGAACUACUGGUAGAUUACCAGAUGUACGAUUACAGUCUUGACAUGUGGAGUUUGGGCUGCAUGUUGGCCAGCAUGAUCUUCCGAAAGGAACCUUUCUUUCACGGUCACGACAACUACGAUCAGCUUGUGCGAAUUGCAAAAGUCCUAGGAACGGAGGACCUGUAUGACUACAUUGACAAGUACAACAUUGAAUUGGAUCCGCGGUUCAAUGACAUUUUGGGAAGACACUCUCGUAAAAGGUGGGAGAGGUUUGUACACAGUGAGAACCAGCACCUGGUAAGCACAGAGGCUCUGGACUUCCUGGACAAACUGCUGCGCUAUGACCAUCAAGCCCGGCUGACAGCCAAAGAGGCCAUGGAUCAUCCAUACUUCUAUCCCAUCGUCAGAGAUCAGGGAAGGGGGGCCACUCCUGGAGGGAUGGCGGCCAGCUCAGCACCAGUCAGCUCCUCAAGUAUGAUGGCUGGCAUCAGCUCAAUGACCUCCUCACAGCCGCUGGCGAACAUCGCUGGAUCACCAGUCAUCUCCGCCCCCAACACUCUGGCCACACAAGUCCCUACAGCCACUGGGGCCCAGCCCUGAGGGACCCCCUCCCAUCCUUGUUGCCCCUCGUCCCGUGUUUGUGUGUGCUCAUGGCCACAUCCUGCCUAGUUCUCACUGUGGCCCUCGCGCCACGGUUCCCCUUUUUAUGUCGACAAUAACAAAGAUGAUUUAAAUUGCUUUUCACAUUCAUUUAUAUUUUGACACCUGGACUUGACAGAACAUGUAUUGUUACACCUGUCAGGAUUAUUAGAAUUAAUUUGGGUGUGUUGACAAUUCUAAUAAGAUGUAGACAUGAAGAGAAUGGAUAAUAAAAUUUAUUUUGUAUGUUCCAAAUAUACAGUCUUGCUUGAAACUGUUUUGAUGCGGGAACCUGCUGUACGACACUGUGAACCUCCCCACGACUUCACGCGACAGUCAGGACUCUGGUGUGCUCAGUGCUGUGCACACACACAACACACACAUCGCCAUGUGCAGGAGUUGUCGGUCGUUUGAAGUUGUUAGUUGCUAUUAUUCAAGAAUUGGACUUUUGUAGAUAUUCUACAGUAACUGUCAGGUUGCAUGCACCCAAUGCUGAAUAUCACAGGGUCGAUAGUUUGCCAAUUUCAUGUUGCGUUCACUUCUGUACGUGUAUGUAUGUGUUCAUGUUUGUUUUUUUAUGAAGUCUCUUACAAAUGAUUUUGAUGACAUAGACAAUUUUGUAACUUUUGGUUUUAUGCUGGGAAGAGUCAUCACCUUCAGAAAACAACUUCAAAAAAUAAACAGUUUAAACAGGGA